AUGAAGGUCCUCUUUCUUCUCGCUGUUCUCCACUGCCUGGUCCUGAUGAACUCAGGCGAUAUCCCACCUGGAAUUCGAAAUAUUAUCUGCAUGAUGCAACACGGAACCUGCAGACUCUUUUUCUGCCACGGUGGUGAGAGGAAGGGGGAGAUCUGCUCCGACCCUUGGAACAGGUGCUGCAUAUCCACUGUAGAGGAAGAGAGGAACAAUAAACCGGAGAAAAGUGACAAAGCUGACAUGGAAGCUUCUGGAAGGCAGCCAGGACCUUCAAGUCCCCCAAGAGCUUAG